GAGUCUCCUUAGAAAACUUCCCACAUUGCAAAGAGCUCUUGAUACCUCCCGGAACACAGAACUACAUUGUGAGGAUGCGACUGUACGAUGUCAACAAGCGCCUCUUGAAUCUCACCAUCCGGAUCAUGUGCCGAGCUGAAGGGUCCUUGAAGAUAUUUAUCGCUACCCCAUAUUGGCUCAUCAACAAAACGGGGUUACCCCUGAUCUUCAGGCAGGACAAUGCCAAGAUCGACGCGGCUGGCCAGUUUGAAGAACAUGAACUAGCCAGAAGUCUGAGCCCUCUCCUGUUCUGCUACGCCGACAAGGAGCAGCCAAACCUUUGCACAAUGAGAGUUGGAAAGGGAAUCCACCCCGACGGCAUGCCAGGCUGGUGCCAGGGCUUCUCACUGGACGGGGGUAGUGGCGUCAGAGCCCUGAAAGUGAUCCAGCAAGGAAACCGGCCAGGCCUCAUUUACAAUAUCGGUAGGGACACCCUUGGGAAGUGCCACUUCUUACGAGUAGAGAUCACUCUAAAGGGAGCAACAUACCGUGUCUCGUUCAGUGACACCGAUCAGUUACCACCUCCGUUCCGCAUAGACAAUUUUUCUAAGGUCCCCCUUGUGUUUACGCAGCUCAGUGUGGCGGAACCGCGGCUCAGCACAGAAGUCAAGCCGACAACCUCUUUGGACUAUGCCUGGGAUGAGCCCACCCUGCCGCCUUGCAUCACAUUGACCGUUAAAGGGGCCGGCUCCUCUGAAAUCACAUGCAGCAUGGACGACUUUCAGGACAGCAAGCAACUCUAUUACGAAAAUUUCAUCUACAUUGCUGCCGCAUACACUUUCUCUGGCCUACAGGAAGAAAGCGGGAGGCCCGUCGCUUCAAACAAAGAGCUGGAUUGUGCUGAGCUUGUCCUUGACGUCUCUCCCAAGACACAGAGAGUCAUUUUAAAGAAAAAGGAGCCCGGGAAGCGCUCUCAGCUGUGGCGGAUGACAGGCACCGGCAUGCUGUGCCACGAAGGCUCUGCGGUCCCUCACCAUCCCAACAAGCCAUCCCCUCCUCGGUCCACAGAAUCCUCCAUGAUCUUGGACAUCGCUGGCCUGGCAGCGGUCACUGAUAACAGAUACGAGCCGCUGAUGCUAAGAAAGCCAGACAGGCGGCGGAGCACGACUCAGACGUGGAGUUUUCGCGACGGAAAGCUGGUCUGCGGCAUGCACGGGCUUGUCGUACAGACUAAAGGGGGCAUAUCUGGGCUUCGCGACGGGGCGGAAGUCGUCCUAGGUCCGGACACUUCUCUGGAAAUGUUAAGCCCGGUUCCUCCAGAGCAGCAGUUCAUCAAUCAGAAGAUGCGGCCAGGGUCUGGCAUCCUUGUAGCCAGAGUCAUUCCCGAUGGGCCGACCCGGGUUUUACAGAUAACAGACUUCAACCAACGCAGAAAUGAUCGUUUCUCAUACGAAGGAGACGAGCUGCUCACGCUGGAGCAGGAUCUGUGGAAGCUGAAAAAUCCAGACGCAGAGCAAGAACUGGAAGUUCAGCUGAAACUGGAAGGAGGCAUCGGUUUAUCUUUAGUUAAUAAAGUCCCGGAAGAGCUGAUAUUUGCAAGUUUCACCGGCAUUAACGUCCAUUUCACGCAGCUGUCCUCCAGUCAAGUGCUUGAGCUGAGCAUACAGGAUGUGCAGGUGGACAACCAGCUCAUCGGGACCACUCAGCCUUUCAUACUCUUUCUGACCCCCCAAACCAACGAAAAUGAAAUUGCCGAGACGGGCCCUGCCCUGCAAUUGAAUGCCAUGAAAUUUCCCAGUAAGAGCCCUUUAACUGAUAUAUACAAGCACCUGAUGAUCACAGCUCGCAGGUUCACAGUCCAAAUCGAGGAGAAACUGCUUCUGAAGCUUCUGAGUUUCUUUGGCUACGAUCAGGCCGAAUCAGAGGUUGAAAGUUACAACGAGAACCUUCACGAAAAGCCUGUGGAUCAAGAAGCCCAGAAGCGAUAUUAUUUUGAAAACCUCAAGAUUAGUGUGCCGCAGAUAAAGCUGAGUGUCUUCACUUCCAGCAAGCUACCCCUGGACCUCAAGGCACUGAAGAGCACCCUGGGCUUCCCUCUGAUUCGAUUUGAAGACGCCGUGAUCAACUUGGAUCCCUUCACCAGGGUCCACCCUUAUGAGACGAAAGAGUUCAUCGUUAAUGACAUUUUGAAGCACUUCCAAGAAGAACUGCUCAGCCAAGCAGCGAGAAUCCUAGGCUCUGUGGAUUUCCUCGGCAACCCAAUGGGUCUCCUGAACGACGUUUCGGAAGGUGUCACCGGGCUGAUAAAAUACGGAAACGUUGGUGGCCUUAUCAGGAACGUCACGCACGGAGUGUCAAACUCUGCUGCAAAGUUUGCCGGGACUUUAUCCGACGGUUUGGGGAAGACGAUGGACAAUCGGCAUCAGAUGGAGCGAGAGUACAUCCGAUACCAUGCUGCCACGAGCGGUGAACACCUCGUGGCUGGUAUCCAAGGACUAGCUCACGGUAUCAUUGGUGGAUUGACCAGUGUGAUCACCUCGACGGUAGAAGGCGUAAAAACCGAAGGGGGCGUCAGCGGCUUUAUAUCUGGCUUCGGAAAAGGACUAGUUGGAACUGUAACCAAACCAGUGGCAGGCGCUCUGGAUUUCGCUUCUGAAACUGCUCAGGCAGUGAGAGAUACAGCCACUCUGACUGGCCCCAGGACGCAGGCGGAGAGAGGGAGAAGGCCGCGGUGCUGCAGGGGGCCGCAGGGGCUCUUGCCCCGCUAUUCCGAGAGCCAGGCAGAAGGGCAGGAGCAGCUCUUCAAGCUGACCGAUAACAUCCAGGACGAGUUCUUCAUUGCUGUGGAGAACAUAGACAGCUACUGCGUGAUCAUUUCCUCCAAAGCCGUCUAUUUCCUCAAGAGCGGGGACUACGUGGACCGCGAGGCCAUUUUCCUGGAGGUCAAGUACGGCGACCUCUACCAUUGCCUUAUCUCGAAGGACCACGGGAAGGUCUACGUCCAGCUGACCAAGAGAGCCGUAAAUUCAAGCAGUGGCGUGUCCAUGCCUGGUCCAUCGCAUCAGAAGCCCAUGGUGCACGUGAAGUCCGAGGCCCUCGCCGUGAAGCUGUCUCAAGAAAUCAACUAUGCAAAGAGCCUUUUCUACGAACAGCAGCUUAUGUUAAGAUCCAGCGAGCACCACGAACAACUGGAGUUGGACUCGUGACCCCCACGGCCUCCCUGAGUGGGGGAUGUUUCCCCCACUGCUCAUUAAAAGGCAGCGAGAGCUGGCAGUUGAUAGAAAGUGAGUUCCGCGAGGCUAAUGAGCCCGAGGUUGUGGAAACAAAGGUCCUCUGUGACAUGGGGCACUUAAGAUUGAGAGUGAAGACCUGUUUGAAAUACAUUUAGCUAUAGGAAGAA